AGCAAAUAAUUCUGACAACUUUUCUCAGGAUAAUGACGAUCGUCAUAGGGAUAGUAGUAGGCAUUCUGAAGAAAGGCUUCGCGAUGAUCGCGAUGAUAGAAGCCCACUUAGAAGUCCCAGGCAUCAUGACAGACGUAGUCCGUUAAGUCGUUCUCGUUCUAGAUCCCCUCGUAGAUCCAGGUCACCAAGGGACGAAGAAAACUUAAAUCCAGGGAAUAAUUUGUUUGUUACUGGAUUAUCCAUGAGAACUGGUGAUCGUGAAUUGGAAGAUAUAUUUUCAAAAUAUGGCAAGGUCUUAAAAGCUCAAAUUAUGUAUGAUCCACAUACUAGAGACUCGCGUGGUUUUGGAUUUGUUACAAUGGAAACACUUGAUGAGGCUGAGGCAGCGAGAGAAGGAAUUAACGGUUCAGAAAUCAAUGGACGAAUUCUAACUGUUGAGAAAGCUCGUCGUGCAAGAGCAAGAACUCCAACACCUGGCCGCUAUUAUGGACCACCGAAGCGCCGAGAACCUCGUAAAGUUGACAGAUUUGACCCCAGAUAUGAAUACAGCAGAUCUUACGAUCGUUAUGAAAGACCACCACGUGGCUAUGGACGCGAUCCUUAUUAUGAUCGUGCGUAUGAUAGACCUUAUUAUGAUAGAGGAUACGAAAGAGGAUAUGACCGUGCAUAUGACAGAACAUAUGACAGAGCUUAUGAUAGAGAUAGACGACCUCCUCCACCCGCCCGAUAUGAACCUUAUCCGCGACCACGUUCUCCCUAUUAACUGUUUCUUUUCUUGGAUUGUUUGAUUAUUUGGGAUGUUCUCUAGGAUACUCAUCAUUAGAAAAAUCUAGUGUUUAUCAUUUUAUAUAUAUAUAUAU